AUGGCUACAAAAUCGAAGGUCCUGCCGACAACAGGAACUACAAAUAAGCCUUCAUCAGCACACGGAGAUUCGUCCUCCUCAGACGAUGCCUCAAGCAAACAAAAGCACAAAGCAAAGACUAAAGUAGUAUCAGAAUACGACAUCUCCGGCGAUACCAUUAGUAUCUGUCCUGCUGAUGAUGGAGGCAGCUGGACGUGUUACGAUUGUAGUGGACUCGUCACACAGAGAGACAAACAAGGGGAAGUAGUGAAGGAGAUUGAACACGGUACCAACAUCCGGGACAUUACUGUAUCGCCGAAAACGCAGCAUCUAUGGGCAUGCUGCUUAAAGGAUAAAACCGUCAUAGAAUUAACACCAGAAGGCAAAUUCAGUGUAGGUUUCAAAACUGAUGAUCAGCCGUGGUGUUUAUGUGCAACACUUGAUGGUCAUCUUCUUGUCGGAGUGGCAAAGAAAGUCACCAAAUACACAACCGAAGGGAAAGUAGUUCUUGUCUCGAAGAAAAUCAGAAUUCCGGGGAGAAGACAGCUAAUCUGUCUCCCGUACAAGAUUGCAGAGUGUCGAGCUUCCCAUAACAUCGCCAUAGUGGAACAAGAUCAGCCUAUAGAUGGAGGAAAAGAUGAACCACAUAUCCUCGUGAUGAAUAAGGACCUUCAGGAGCUGUUCCGAUUCCAAGGAAACAUUCCGAAGCGUUUUUCACAAGCUGCCAAGAAAAAAAUAGAAGCUGGUUCCUUUUUCCCCUUCGAUGUAACUUUUGAUGCCAUAGGUAAUGUGAUUGUAUCUGACUACAAUAACUGUAGUAUAUAUCUACUGAGUGGCCGUGGAGAGUUCCUUAACUUACUGUCCUCGAAUUCUAAAGUGGUGAGAGCAAUCUCCGUGGAUAGUGAAAAUAAUUUGUGGGCAGUGUUUGGUUCAUUUGGUUCUCAGAAGGUAAAAAUUUUGAAAUACAGCACGUGA